AUGUGCGAUUAUUGGGAUUUGAAUACUAUCUUGGCCGAACAAACAAAAGUAAGAUGCCACGUUAAACUUCCUGCGUAUGGUUACAGUUUUUUAGCUGGAGCCAAAGACGAUAGUCUUCUCGUAAAUUCUAUUAUUGAUAUUCCUUUUUGGAUGGGAAAACCAUUAGCACUCCAGGCUGUCGUUGAUCUAGAAAUUCCAACAUGCUUCAGUGAUGCAGUUCAAGAUGAACUACUAGCUUCUCCGGUUUGUGUCAAAAUAUCGCUACAUUGCCCAUUCUUUUUCAAAUUCUUUGCAGAUCUGCUUGGAAUUCUUGAGAUUCGACGAUCAUUUGUGGAAUUGGUCACCAAGACAUUUAAAUCACGACUGUGUCUCUUGAGUGAUUAUACCAUGACGUCGCGUCUUGGAUCAGAGCAAUCGGCGUUUGUGCAGACGCUUGAUGCAACUGAACGACAUUUGUAUGAAGCUGGACUUCAAUCAGCAGAAGCUCUUUCUGCAUGGCAACGGAGAGAUCAUAUUCGCAGAGGAACAUUACAAGUGCAACGCCAGCUUCAACAGCAACAGAAAAAUAAGCGAAGGAGAAUGCACUGA